CGGAUGGCAAGAAUGGCUGUCGCAGACCUAGAGGCCGCUGUCGCGGUCGAACCGCGGCGUCCCCAGCGUCCCCCAGAGGCUUACGCCCGCAGCUCUAACAAGACCGAGCCAGUUGUGCUUGCAACGAUACCAGAGAACCACGAAAUGUCUGAGCUUCGACAACGACUCCAGACAGGAUCCCCGCCAGCGGCUACUGCCGUGGAAGAGGAUAGCUCACCGGAGACAAGCCCCACCUUGACUCCAACGUCCAUUGCUGAAACUCGUAGAGAAGCAGCAGAGAACUCUGGCUUGCUAUCCAUAGUCAAGGCAAUGUCGUACAGUCUACUAACCUUCGUCAAAUCCACAUCAUCACCUCGUCUCACUCCAGAAGAGGAUCAGGAGCUAAACAAAUCGCGUGGGUUUGACAAAUUGAACUAUGAAAAAGUGGAUGAUUAUCCGGAAGGCUACCCGCAGCUUGCUGCUUUUGCUAAUAGCUGUGAUACCUUUGCAAAUGUUCGCCGAUUCGGUCGACUGUCGUAUCGACUUCUCGCACAUCUCCAGAAUGACUUGAUAGACAUGGAGAAAGUACUCGACAAGCUUGACAAGAAAGACGCUGCAGAUAAUACGAUGGAGAAGAGACUCAGGGGAUAUGAAAACUAUAAUGGGUGGGAUGACGAGCAACGGAAACUGGUAUCGAAAAUCUCGACGGCCUAUUCUCAAUAUGCUGACAUUGUCUUGAAGGACGCAGGCCUUCGUGCUCUUGGCAAAUGUCCACCAAGAAAUGCAAAAGCUCUGUUCACAUGGGUUUGGGACGAGAAGCCACUUGCUAUAGGAGCGGGGAAAAGUGACUUUAUCUUCUAUCCCGACGACCUUGUGUCCCUGGCUGGGCAAUCUCAACAUGACCGUCCCUUUGAGAACUUCAUAGAGUCCUUUCUCGACUCUUAUCCGCUCCCUUGGAUUAAGAGAUUCCUCCAGCAUGAUACUGAGACGUGUCGAAAGACAGAUGACGAGUAUGUCCACCUUUAUUCUGUGGACAAGCUCAAGAUCGCCGCCAAUAUUCUGGAGGUGUCCGUUGCCGUAAUCCUCCUCCUCAUUCCUGUAUUCCUUCUCUUCUUGGUCCCAAUGGGCAAGCCUAUGAUGGCAACUAUAGCUUCGCUAUUUGUGCUCUUGUUCUCGGUGGUAGUCUCGAGUCUCACUGGUGCCAAGGUGCAAGAGGUCUUCUUCGGCAGUGCCGCAUAUGCUGCUGUGAUCACUAUGUUCCUCGGUAAUCUGAAUUCCAACUCCUCAUCUACUGGCACGUCUUGAAGAGGCUUUUGCGUCGGAGGAAAGGGUAGUUGACACCAUGUCUACUGAUGAAAAUAUUGAGACGCGUGGCACAUUGGCAUGAGGGUUUGAGCAGGAGUUCGAAGGGCUCAUGGGAGCACUGGGAGAGGGAAGAGUUCGAUAGGGGCUUUCGUAGUUUCAAAAGUUCUGUCGUUGGUUUGGUAGUUCGAGUUUUCUUUGAAGCACAAGUUGAUCCACCGCUGUUUGAAAUCCUUCUCCAACCUCUGAUUCCUCAUGUUUUAGCCUCGUCUCUCCUGGUCUCGUAGGCUGUGCAGGCUUGGUAUACACCGAUGGUUUCUG